AUGGAACUUUCAUUCCUAGUAUCUCUUUCAUGCCCUUUGUUAGCUCUAACACUUAUUCUCUUACACAACCUACGCCAUACCAAACCUAACUCACCGCCACAACCAUCCGGCGCCCUCCCAAUCCUCGGCCACCUCCACCUACUCGCCCGCCAAUCCCCGACCCACCGCACUCUGUCGUCCCUCGCCGACAGAUACGGGCCCGUUUUCGCCCUUCGCCUCGGUGCCCACAAAGCCGCCGAAAUCCGGUCGAGCUUCAAGGAACUGCACGCUGGGGGCAAUAUCGUCAAUAUUAGCAAGUGGUUCGAGGAACUGAGUCUUGACGUGAUCGUGAAGAUGAUAACCGGGAGACGGUACACGGAGAGCGUGGAGAGUGCGCGGCCGUUUAGAGAGGUGAUCAAGGAGUUUAUGUACCUGUCUGGUCUGUUUGUGUUGUCGGAUGCAAUUCCGUUUUUGCCCCUGAGGUGGGUCGAUUUCGGCGGCCACAUCAAGGCCAUGAGGAGGAUUUCGGAGGACUUGGAUGUUAUCACGGGAAGGUGGGUCGACGAGCAUUUGGAGAGGGGCGGAAAGGGCGAUGACGAGCCCGAUUUCAUUGAUGUGAUGCUUUCUGAGAUUGAUGAUAGGCUCUUAAGUUUUGGGCAUGCAAAGGAAACCAUUAUUAAGGCAACUAUACAGAACCUAAUCUUAGCAGGCUCGGACACCACAUCAAUCCACCUAACAUGGACUCUGUCCCUACUACUAAACCACCCCAACGUCAUGCAACGGGCUCAACACGAGAUCGACACGAACAUCGGCAAACACCGGUGGGCCCAAGAGUCGGACAUUCACAACCUACCCUACCUCCAAGCCGUAAUCAAAGAAUCCCUACGACUCUACCCACCGGGUCCAAUAUCCGUUCCACACGAGGCCGCCCAAGAUUGCCGCGUGAUGGAAUACACUAUACCAAAGGGCACAAUGAUCAUAGUCAACUUGUGGAAGCUGCAUCGGGAUCCGCGAAUCUGGGCCCGGCCUGAAGACUUUCUUCCCGAGCGCUUUUUGGAGGGCCACGCCAGCGGGGUUGACUUCAAUGGCCAAUUCUACGAGUUCAUACCAUUCGGGUCGGGAAGGAGGUCGUGCCCGGGUACCACAUUUGCCAUGCAGGUGGCCCACUUGGUGCUGGCUCGUUUGAUACAGGGGUUUGAGAUCAAAACCGGAUUAGACAAGCCGGUGGAUAUGAGUGAGGGGAUGGGGAUUACCUUGCCGAAAGCGACGCCAUUGGAAGUGAUUAUAACACCACGCUUGUCCAAUGAACUCUACUAUAGCUAG